AUGUGCCAGGGCAUUGCUGAGGAAUUGUGUGGUGCAGAGGCAGGACUUCAAGUUGCUAGGAGAGUUGGUCGUGCAAGUUUUGUACCGGUUGUGGCGGGUUCCAUGUUAUCUUUGCAUUUCUCCGUGCAUACUCUUAAAGUGACCGAAUGUUCUGUGAUGCCCUCUUUGAG